UGAUCCAAAGGUUCAGAAAUCGCCAUGGUUUUCGUCCCACCAAGUUCUGCCAGGCGCCUCAAGGCCAUGACGGCCGCCCUGGCGCUCGCCGUGCUGGCCCUCGCCUACGCCGCGGCGCCCGCGCGCGCCCAGAGGUGCGGCGCACAGGCCGGCGGCGCGCUGUGCCCCCAACAACCUCUGAUGCAGCCGGUACGGCUACUGCGGCCGCAGCUGCUAGCACUGCGGCGCCGGCUGCCAGAGCCAGUGCGCCCACGGCGGCGCGGCGGCGCCUCCGAGGCCACCGCAGCGGUGCGGCGCGCAGGCCGGCGGCGCGGCGUGCCCAGGGGGCCUCUGCUGCAGCCGGUACGGCUACUGCGGCCUCGGUGGCGCCCACUGCGGCGCCGGCUGCCAGGGCCAGUGCGCCAGCGGCGGCGUGGCGGCCGUGCUGACCCGGGAGCUCUUCGACCGGAUGCUGCCGCACCGCGACGACGCCGCGUGCCCCGCGCGCGGGUUCUACACCUACGAAGCCUUCCUCGCCGCGGCCCGCGCGUUCCCGGCCUUCGGCGCCACGGGCUCCGCCGCCGCGCGCAAGCGGGAGGUCGCCGCCUUCCUGGCGCACACCUCCCACGAGACCUCCGGUGGGCCGUAUUAUUCCUGGGGCUACUGCUACAAGGAGGUGAAGGGCGCCCCGUCGGACGACGACCACUGCGUGCCGAGCGCGCGGUGGCCUUGCGCGUCGAACAAGACGUACCAUGCUCGUGGGCCCAUGCAGAUCUCCUACAACUACAACUACGGGGCGGCCGGGGAGGCCAUCGGCGCCGACCUGCUCGGCGACCCGGACGCCGUCACGGCCGACCCCGUCGUCGCGUUCAGGACGGCGCUGUGGCUGUGGAUGACCCCGCGCGCGCCGGCCCAGCCGUCGUGCCACGCCGUCGCCACGGGGCGGUGGGCGCCGACGCCGGCGGACCGGGCGGCCGGGCGCAGGCCGGCCUUCGGGCUCACCACGAGCAUCCUCACCGGCGGGCUUCAGUGCGCCGCCACCAGCGGCCGCGUCGCGUUCUACAAGCGCUACUGCGACGUCCUCGGCGCCAGCUACGGGCCGAGCCUGGACUGCGCCGGCCAGGCGCCGUUCGACGGCGUCAUCAGGUCCGCGGCGCAGUAUUAGAUGUCCGUGCCGCUGCAGCCGGCCGGGGUACACCUCCAGCGACGUUACGUGUUUCUCUUUGCAAAUAUGUAUCCAUGUAAUUUUCAUGUAUUUGUGUGAACGUUGAGAUCAAGGCUGGACGUGCCGAUAUAUCUACUGUUUGCCUAGCUA